AUGCCUCCACUCUUUUCGGAUCCUCUUCUCCGUCUUCUGGCUACCUUGGCUCUGGCUUUCCUUUCAAUCCCGGUGACGCUCGCAGCUGGUACUAGGACAAACGUUACCGUGGAUGAUACCGAUGGCAGCGCUACCGGCGGGUUCCAGAUCGUGUACGAGCCUCCCGGCGUCUGGAGCACCGGGCAGAACUGCACGACCUGCGAAGCGAAAGUCGACAAGACAAAGGCGACAGACGGCACUUGGCACGACGUGAGUUUUAUCUCAGACAACCCACCGCCUAGCCCGAUAACUGCGACGCUCACGUUCAACGGUGUCGGAGUGUACGCGUUCUGCAUAAUCACACAAUCAUUCACGGAUCCGAACGGCAACUGGGACCUGACGUUCCUCAUCGACGGCGAGCAGUCUGGCACCUUCGAGCUCGCCCCGGACGGUGACGACACCUACCGAUAUAACGUCCCUGUGUACGGCAAUGACUCCCUCACGCCCGGAACGCACACAUUCACGAUGGUGGUCGGCCACGCGGGCGGACAAUCGUCCCUAGCAUUGUUGGAUUACAUGGUGUUCACCCAAGAAGACGGCGCGGACGCGCCUGUCACCUCAUCCGCCGCGUCUACACCGUCCAGUCCGUCCAGUGUGUCUAGCACCUUUACCGCAUCGUCAAGCGCGACCGCGCCCGCAAUCGAUCCGUCCGCGCACAGCUCAGCAACGACGACGAUCGCGUUGUCCGUCACCCUCACCGCAGUUGCGCUACUCGGUCUCGGCGGAGCGAUCUUCUUCUGCACAAGACGACGCUACCAGCGAAAAUACGCGCAACGCGCCGAGACCUCCACUCUCGAUGGCGGCAAAGCCGAGGGUGACGGUGAGACGCCGUCCACAGCUGGCUUCCGCGCCCUGCCUGUCUUCCCCCGCACGCGCGCGUCCGACAUCGACCCACAACAAGUCGCGCACCCCUUCUUCGUGCCCCCACCACCACUCUCCCCGCCCUCACGAUCUCCCUCGAACGCGACGAGCUACACGUGGCUACCGGAAGCGGGCGCCUACGUCGCAGUGAAGCCCACGGCGCCUGCCGCGUCCGUCCACUCACUCGCGUCUGCGUCUCAGUCGCGUAUGGACGCAGAUCUUCCGCCAGUCCCGCAAUCCCCUCAAUCCCCAGCAGGCGCGUCCUCGCACGAGCCGACCACGCUGGCGGGCUCCGGCUCCGGUUCUGGCGCCCAACCCGCGGGCCGCGCUCGGGGCGGCAGCGUCCUGCGGUACGUGCAGAACGACGAGGGCCCAGAGGCGCUUUCUCCCUUGUCGGAGCACUCGAAAGCACCUCUACCGUCGUCGCCUGUUUCACCGUCCGCGGGCGGGUCGCAGCACGGAUCGGGGCCGAUGACGGUGUUGGGUACGGAUAUGGACAUGGAGGAGGGGCCGCCGCCGUACGCGCCAAGGGCACCGUCAAGAGUCGGACAGCAAUAG